AGGUUUUCCACUAACAUGUUUUUACUGCUACUGAUAAUCGUAACACUUACCGCCACCGUUAUUCAAGCUCAAGAUGCACCAGCCGGGGAAGAGGUUACUUGUAAUUUCAAGCCACAUGUAGCGAGUUGCGACAAUAACAAACUAAAGUACAGCGUCGUGCUCGAUGGCAAGAAUGGAGAACAAUUCAUCAUUAACCACAGCAUCGAGCGAAUACCACCAACGAAACCGACGAAGAAACCACGCCGAACCAAACGACCUCGCGUCGGACCCGAUGGGGAAAUGGUAAGUCUUUUCCCCAGCCUAUGGCGGGACAAGGUGGCAGCGUUUAAGGAAAAGAUGCGACUCCUGAUCGCAAGACGUCGUGCUAAGAUGCGCCGCCAACGAAACCGCCUGUUGAAUCCAGCCAAUGACCCGAAACCACGAAGAAAUUAG